AUGUGUGAGGUGAUGCCCACAAUCAACGAGGGGGACCCCCUGGGCCCCCCCCAUGGCGCCGAUGCUGACGCCAACUUUGAGCAGCUGAUGGUGAACAUGCUGGAUGAGCGGGAGAAGUUGCUGGAGUCCCUUCGGGAGAGUCAGGAGACCUUGGCAGCCACGCAGAGCCGGCUCCAAGAUGCCCUGCAUGAGCGGGACCAGCUCCAGCGCCACCUUAACUCUGCCCUCCCCCAGGAAUUUGCCACCUUAACCCGGGAGCUGAGCAUGUGUCGGGAGCAACUUCUAGAAAGGGAGGAAGAGAUAUCAGAGCUGAAAGCAGAGCGGAAUAACACAAGGUUGCUUCUGGAACAUCUGGAGUGCCUGGUGUCCCGCCAUGAGCGGUCGCUACGGAUGACUGUGGUCAAGCGCCAGGCCCAGUCACCUUCGGGGGUCUCCAGUGAGGUGGAGGUGCUGAAGGCCCUCAAGUCGCUGUUUGAGCACCACAAGGCCCUGGAUGAGAAGGUGCGGGAGCGGCUCCGAGCGGCCCUGGAGCGCGUUACCACCUUGGAAGAGCAGCUGGCGGGUGCCCACCAGCAGGUAUCUGCCCUGCAGCAGGGGGCAGGGGCGCGGGAUGGAGCGGCAGAAGAGGAGGGGGCCGUGGAGCUGGGACCGAAGCGCCUGCGGAAGGAUGACACGGGCCGGGUAGAGGAGCUGCAGGAGCUCCUGGAGAAGCAGAACUUUGAGUUGAGCCAGGCCCGGGAGCGACUGGUCACCCUGACAGCAACCGUGGCCGAGCUUGAGGAGGACCUGGGCACGGCCCGCCGGGACCUCAUCAAGUCGGAGGAACUGAGCAGCAAGCACCAGCGGGACCUCCGGGAGGCUCUGGCCCAGAAGGAGGACAUGGAGGAGAGAAUCACGACACUAGAGAAGCGCUACCUGGCUGCUCAGCGUGAGGCCACCUCCAUCCAUGACCUCAACGACAAACUGGAGAAUGAGCUGGCCAAUAAGGAGUCCCUGCACCGCCAGGCAAUAGAGUUGUACCUGAUGGGUAGUAAACUUUGUGGAGUAAUCAUUCUUAAGAGGCGUGCUGAAGAAAGGCAUGGCAACAUUGAGGAACACCUGCGGCAGCUGGAGGGGCAGCUGGAGGAGAAGAACCAGGAGCUGGCAAGGGUGCGCCAGCGGGAGAAGAUGAAUGAGGACCACAACAAGCGGCUGUCAGACACCGUCGACCGGCUGCUCAGCGAGUCCAACGAGAGACUGCAGCUGCACCUCAAGGAGCGAAUGGCGGCCCUGGAGGAGAAGAACACGUUGAUCCAGGAGCUGGAGAGCUCCCAGCGGCAGAUCGAGGAGCAGCACCAUCACAAGGGCCGCCUGUCUGAAGAGAUUGAGAAGCUGCGCCAAGAGGUGGACCAGCUGAAGGGUCGAGGGGGGCCGUUUGUGGAUGGCAUCCACUCCAGGUCGCAUAUGGGCAGUGCAGCGGACGUGCGGUUCUCCCUGAGCACAGCCACCCACGCGCCCUCAGGUCUGCAUCGCCGCUACUCGGCACUGCGGGAGGAGUCUGCCAAGGGCUGGGAGCCCUCUCCACUGCCUGGGGUGCUGGCGCCCACAGCCACCCCUGCCUUUGACAGCGACCCUGAGAUCUCCGACGUGGAUGAGGAUGAGCCAGGGGGUCUGGUGGGCUCCGUGGAUGUUGUCUCUCCCAGCGGCCACUCGGAUGCCCAGACCCUGGCCAUGAUGCUCCAGGAGCAGCUGGAUGCCAUCAACGAGGAGAUCAGGAUGAUCCAGGAAGAGAAGGAGUCCACAGAGCUCCGUGCCGAGGAGAUUGAGACUCGAGUGACCAGCGGCAGCAUGGAGGCCCUAAACCUGACCCAGCUGCGCAAACGCGGUUCUAUCCCCACCUCUCUGACCGCCCUGUCCCUGGCCAGCGCGUCGCCUCCGCUCAGCGGCCGCUCCACGCCCAAGCUCACCUCCCGCAGUGCAGCCCAGGACCUGGACCGCAUGGGGGUCAUGACCCUGCCCAGUGACUUAAGAAAGCAUAGGAGGAAGCUGCUGUCGCCAGUGUCUCGGGAAGAGAACCGGGAGGAUAAAGCCACCAUAAAAUGUGAGACUUCUCCUCCUUCCUCACCCAGGACGCUGCGGCUAGAGAAGCUUGGCCACCCAGCCCUGAGCCAGGAAGAAGGCAAAAGUGCUUUGGAGGAUCAGGGCAGCAACCCCAGCAGCAGCAACAGCAGCCAGGACUCCUUGCACAAGGGUGCCAAGCGCAAGGGCAUCAAGUCGUCCAUCGGCCGCCUGUUCGGGAAGAAGGAGAAGGGCCGGCUGAUCCAGCUGAGCCGAGAUGGAGCCACGGGCCAUGGUUUCUGUCCACUUCCUAGCGAACGGGUGCAAGGGCCAGUGGGUGGAAGGCACAGCCAGGCAGAUUUCGGCUCCAGAGAGCAGCGGUUUUCCGUGAGAUCUGUUCCACACCAGCUGCUUGAAGAUGCCCGCAGGAAAGGAAUGCCCUUUGCCCAGUGGGAUGGCCCUACUGUGGUCUCCUGGCUGGAGCUCUGGGUGGGGAUGCCUGCUUGGUACGUGGCCGCCUGCCGGGCCAACGUCAAGAGCGGUGCCAUCAUGUCGGCCCUGUCGGACACAGAGAUCCAACGGGAGAUUGGCAUCAGCAAUGCCCUGCACCGGCUCAAGCUCCGGCUGGCCAUCCAGGAGAUGGUGUCGCUGACCAGCCCCUCCGCCCCGCCCACCUCCAGGACUUCUUCCGGAAAUGUCUGGGUCACCCAUGAAGAGAUGGAAACUCUGGCAACACCCACUAAAACAGACAGUGAGGAGGGCAGCUGGGCUCAGACCCUGGCCUAUGGGGACAUGAACCACGAGUGGAUUGGGAACGAAUGGCUCCCCAGCCUGGGGCUCCCCCAGUACCGCAGCUACUUCAUGGAGUGCCUGGUGGAUGCUCGCAUGCUGGACCACCUCACCAAGAAGGACCUGCGGGUCCACCUGAAGAUGGUGGACAGCUUCCACCGAACCAGUCUUCAGUAUGGCAUCAUGUGUCUGAAGAGGCUGAAUUAUGACCGAAAGGAGCUGGAGAGAAGACGGGAGGAAAGCCAGCAUGAGAUCAAGGAUGUGCUGGUCUGGACCAACGACCAGGUGGUUCACUGGGUCCAGUCCAUUGGGCUCCGGGAUUAUGCAGGAAAUCUGCAGGAGAGCGGUGUGCAUGGUGCCCUGCUGGCCCUGGAUGAGAACUUUGACCACAACACGCUGGCCCUGGUCCUCCAGAUUCCCACACAGAACACCCAGGCUCGCCAGGUGAUGGAAAGAGAGUUCAACAACCUGUUGGCCUUGGGCACAGACCGGAAACUGGAUGAUGGCGAGGACAAGGUGUUCCGGCGCGCGCCGUCCUGGAGGAAGCGCUUCCGGCCGCGGGAUCCGCACGGCGGCCUGCUCGGCGCCUCGGCCGAGACGCUCCCGGCCGCCUUCCGCGUGGCCACGCUGGGGCCGCUGCAGCCGCCGCCCGCGCCGCCGAAGAAGAUCACGCCGGAGGCUCGCUCCCACUAUCUCUAUGGACACAUGCUCUCCGCCUUCCGGGACUAG